UUGAAGCCGCAGUUUAAAGCGACAGACUCUCCCAUCCGCUUUCCUCCCCGUCUCCGCCCCUGGCUUAGAACCAGACGUUCCAGCUAAUACCCUUCCCACGGCAAACGUCACAUUUAAUAUUAAUGAAGUCGUGAACUGGCUCCAACUCGCAUCAGUCCUGCUGCGUGACUACUGGAGGCUGGCGAGACUUGCUUCGACAUUAUUUCUGGCUAACGGGGUAAAGGUGGCCCCAAAAAUGUUGCCGAUCCACUGCACGGGGAUUUGCUGAAAGGAGGCAGCCCUGUCAUCGAGCGGAGAUUGUGAAUUACUGGGCUGAAGACAGCAACACCCACCGAGUGGCGUGUUGAGUUCUCCGUAGACGUCCCGCCCUCGGCCUCCCCAUGCCUCCAUCUCCCCUUGACGACAGAAUUGUGGUGGCGCUGCCAAGGCCGAUCCGACCUCAGGAACUCCAACUGCGACUGGACACCAGCUACCUGGACUCCAUCGCCUCCACCAGCAGUGACGACACGAUCAUCAGCACCACCGUGGUGAAAAUCUGGGCGACGGCCAAUCUUGUGACGUAUAUGCCCUCAUCCAAGGGUUCCACACGCUCCUUGUCGUGUGGAUGCAGCAGUGCCAGCUGCUGCUCGGUGACCACCUAUGAGAAGGACAGCCCCAACCUGAACCACAGUCAGGUGAGUGCCAGCAGCCCCAACCUCAGCUAUGUCGGACCCCCUAUGCUCAGCAAUCACGAAGCAUUAAGCGCCUCCAGCCUCGCCCCGGGCGCACCUAAAGCGCACCUGUCCGCCACUGUGAGAGUCAUCCACCCCAAUGAGCUGGCCAAGCGGAUGACCUGCUGCCCCAUGGGUCACCCUGUUGGGCCCGUGCCGGUCAUUAUCGACUGCCGGGCCUUCACGGAGUACAACAAGAACCACAUCCGGGGGGCCGUACACAUCAACUGCUCUGACAAGAUCAGCCGGCGGAGGCUGCAGCAGGGAAAGAUCACUCUGCUGGACCUCAUCUCCCUCCGGGAGGGCAAGGACUCAUUUAAGGGCAUUUUCUCCAAAGAAAUCGUGGUCUACGACGAUGGCACCGUCGACCCAAACAGGCUGGCGCCCUCUCAGCCUCUCCAUGUGGUCCUGGAGUCCCUGAGGAGGGAGGGCAAAGACCCUAUCAUUCUCAAAGGCGGCCUUAGCUGCUUCAGGCAGAGCCACGAGAAUCUGUGUGAACACUCGCUGCACCUUCACGAAGGCCUGGACUCGGGCGGGGCCGCCGACCUCUCGGGGGCGCUACCUCACACCCUGCCCUCCACCCCGGACAUCGAGAACGCAGACGUGACGCCCGUGCUACCCUUCCUCUACCUGGGAAACGAGCGCGAUGCCCAGGACGUCAACCUGCUGCAACACUUGAACGUGGGCUUUAUCCUCAACGUGACCACCCACUUGCCGCUUUUUCACUAUGACACGGGCCUAUUCGUCUACAAACGCCUGCCGGCCACCGACAGCAACAAGCAGAACCUUCGACAGUACUUCGAGGAGGCAUUUGAAUUUAUCGAGGAAGCACACCAAGCUGGUCUGGGCCUUCUGAUCCACUGCCAGGCUGGCGUCUCUCGCUCCGCCACUAUCGUCAUCGCUUACUUGAUGAAACACACCUGGAUGACCAUGACGGACGCCUACAAGUUUGUUAAAACCAGGAGGCCUGUCAUCUCCCCCAACCUCAACUUCAUGGGCCAGCUGCUGGAGUUCGAGGAAGACCUCAACAACGGAAUCACGCCACGGAUCCUCACACCAAAGCUCGUGGGUGUGGAGACCAUUGUCUGAACCGGUCGUACCACCCAUCGGUUAUUGAGCGUGGAAUGUGAUUUCUCGAAUCUCCCCGCCUGCGCUCGUCUCGGACUCUGCAGAGUGCCAAAGCUGUGGGUCAGCAAAGCGGUGGAUCAAAACGGAUGAGAUGCCAAAAUAUCCCUACUGUUUGAACCUGGCCAACUUCCCGGAGGAGACCAUGAGUUGAGAUGUUGAGACGGAGGGAAAGAAAAUGUGCUGGAAACGUUCCAUGUGGGACUUGCAGAGGAGCGAGUGUGAGAUAGGAGAAGUUCACACUUCACACUGUGGCACACAUGUUGGCGAGACUGGCCAAUGCUUUGCCAGUCAUAAAACAAUUUAAAAAAAAAGACAAAAAUAAAUAUAAACAGUUGAAGACAUGACUGGUGUGUUAAUAAUCUAUUUUUAUACAUUACAAGCCCACUCUGGUUUACAGUGCAAUAAUUUUGAAUGAAAUGCAAAUCUCGAUCUUGUGUUUAUAUGUAUAUUGGAAACACGCAGCUGAGUUUUGGUGUUAUGUAACUAAUUCUGUUUGGUGCAGUACAUUUAUGUUUUGGGUACAAUACUUAUUAGGGAUGGGCGCUGUGUUUUCUUGAUAGACUGCAGGAAAUAAUUUAUUGACGUGUCCUGCUUCAAUACCAGAAACAAGACACAUUCUUCAAACAAAACUGAAUUGUCUGCUGUUCUAAUUUUUUUAUCGAUUGAUUCAAUGCAAAGAUUAAGAAUACAUUUAAGUUAUUAAUCCAUUAUUAUGCCUAUCCCUAAUAGUUACAGAAAUAUGUUUUGGCCGUGGUUCUCAGCUGUUGUCACCUGGGGACUUGCAUUUUUUAAAGUUAUGUGUCAAAAAUAAGAUAUUGUUUGAAAAUAGCCUCUGAGAUAUGAAUAUUAUAUUUCUAAAGGCUGUUUCAAACACGUUUGGCCUACAGCCAAAAACAUCAUAGGCCAUGACGUCCGUUAGUCAGAGGUGCACUGGCUUUGUUUACAGUGUAAACUAGUUGCAAAGAGCCCAAGGCCAUAGUCCAUUCAUCUUUGUACCGUACAGAAAAAUACAAAUAGUGGUACCAUGACUUCAAAGGGGGACGUUUUGCUUGAUUUUUUUUUUUUUUCUUUUUUAAUGUUGAGAUAUAUAAUUUUUAAGAUCUGACUGCUCAUAAGUCAAGGUAGAUUGGUUUGUAUAUUUUACUGGCUUUUUAUGGUAGCUAAAAUGGCCCACCAGUUGAGAAUCACAUUGAGAACCACAUGCAUAGUUAUGAAAAAAAUGAACAUAAAACAGGGCUACUGGUGAUUUUUUUAAUGUAACAGAAUAGAUGAAUUUCACUGCCUGCGUUUCCCCUUUUUUUGCUCCUCUCCAUCUUUGUGCUAGCUAACAUUACGUCCUUCCCGAGUAUGUGGCUAUACUGUCAUGAUGAUGGAUGGUAAUACAUGGUAGCAGAGGUGAGGUGUCCACCUCACAUGAAAGCACCCUUCCCCUGCCAAGUGUGACGUGACAGCUUUCAACCCUUGACACUAAGCUACAGCCGAGUGAGCAUUUCUGCCUCACGAAGGCAAAGUGUCCCUUUCAAGGGCUGUUUCUAGUGCCUCGUUCAAUGCCUUAAGUCUCACGUCACCGCCGGCAGGGCCUGAUUGACAAAGCAAUGCAUUCAAAGAGCCUGGUGAGAAUCUGAUUUUAUACAAAAGACUAGUGCACUGUAAGGAAAAAAAUAGAAUAUUAAGAUAUUUACUUGAAAAAAUCUUUGUAAAAAACCCCAGACGCUUUCACCACAAACUUUGGCGAAAAACGUAAACGUAAAAUGUACUUUUUGGCACCUGUCUGCCAUUUUGUGAGGAUGUUCUGCUGGAAGGAUAUUGACACAGAGCAAUUACAAACUACCAACCUCAAAAUGUGGCCAGCAUAUGAAUUAUUUUGGGUUUAAGCAUAAAUACUGUGAGUCAUGGGAGAUUACAAAAAAUGACUUUAAAUGCAACUCUAUGCUAAAUAGUUUAAAAAUAAUAAUAAUAUGCUCACAAACAAAGUUUAUCCUCAGCCUGCUGCAUCUAGAUUUUCGCACUCAUUGUGCUUCAGAUGUUACUAACUUCCAUGGUUAGGUAAUUUCCAGACACCGACAUAAUUUUCACGAGCAUUGUUUAGUCUGUUCACAUCCUUCUCCACUAUUUUAAUUUUAUUUCCAUGAAAAUUGAUGCAGAAAUGGAAGUUCCACAUUUUCCUGGUGAAAAUUCAUGCUAUGCAAAUGUUGCAAGUUGUUUGUACAAAUGAAUCCGGGAUGCUGCUGCACCUCUUUGGCGCAUGAAUGAGAGUGGAUGAUGUUUUUAAAAAAUGGUCCCGUUUGCUUCAAUUCAAGUGUCUUCACAUGUCAUUGUAUCUGUCAACUGGUGCUGUGUAACUUGUAACCAUUUAGCACGUUCGUAGCUUCUGCAUUUAUCUUCCGCCAUUAGCUGCUGGCAAAAAAAUAAAAAACGGGAGCUUGCCAACUGAGCCAACGUUAUUUAUGAUUUGAAUUAUGUAUGUUUUGGUUUGGCCUUUUUUUUUUUUAUUACGCAAUGAUUUUUAAGACAAUGUUAACAUUGUAGUGUACAUUGCUGUCUGCUUGAGGCAACAAAGCAUGACAUUGGCUCCUGGUGUGUGAAGGACUCUUGCAGUCCAUCUGGUGCUGUCUCAAACACAAUGCUUUUUAUAUUAUCUGAAUUUGUAAAUUAUUAUUGUGUUUGUAGCUUGAGAUGUUUCUUUUUCUGCAUCACAACAAUAUCACAGAGUCUCAGAGGCUCCAUUAGAAUGAUUUAUAAUUCGCUAUUUUUUCUUUGUCUCUUAUCAUCUGUCAAAAAUAUACAGUUGAAAUUUCUUUUUCAUUUGUAUGCGUACAUUAUGACUAUUUUUGCACUGACCUAUGAACAGAUGGAUUUAUUUUUCUCCACAAAGGGUGCUAUUGUAUCGGAGGCCUUCUCCCUCACCUUUUCUUGCAUGACUUGCUCCAAAUUCUUCAACUGGUCUGUCAUCCCUCAACUUCUUCUACUGCUACUCCUUGAACCACUGAAGCACUGUAAUUUUGUAAUCUCUACUUGUGAGCUUUGAAAAUAAAUGGGGGGGGGCUUCGA